UCAGUAGCAUGUGCUCUCCGAGUGUGAGAAAGGUUUCCCAUUUUUAGUAGAGAAUAGUAGAGAUCUAUUUUCCACACGCCACGGUAGUGUUAUAACCUUAAAAUAACACGUGUAAAUUCUUAAAUUACUAAGAACCACCACUCACCAGUAAGAAAACACUUUACUUACUCAGUCAUACUUUAGUGGUUACCGAAGAAACAUAAUCUAAGAAUUAAUAUCAAAAUGAAGCUACUUACGCACAACAUGCUAUCGUCCAAAAGUCUCAAGGGAGUCGUUGUUGGAUACCCUUUAAAAAUUGAGGCUUACGAUGUUAAGGUUACAGAAGUGGAGUUUAACCCAGAGUUCAUAGCUAAAGUUAUUCCAAAAAUUGAUUAUUCAGUUUUGAUCAGAGCAGCUGAAUACUUGGGUCAUGUUGGUAAACUACCAGGGCAUGUGCCGGAGAAUGUAGAAAAAAACACAGACUUUUUGAAAGAAGUACAUCAUGCGCUUCUUGAAGUUGAAGUUGUAAAAGGUGAUUUAGUAUGUCCAGAAUCAGGACGUCGGUUUCCAAUUACCGAUGGCAUACCAAACAUGUUGUUAAAUGAAGAUGAAGUUUAAUAGUAUUACAUGCACAUUCAUUGUAAAUCAGUGUAUCGAUAUUUCGUUAUAUUUUUGCACUUUUAUCAUUUGACUGUAAUUAUUUUCUACAAAUAUUUUAGGCCUUAGGAAGUUAAAGUUUGUUACAUUUAUUGAAUUAAAAUAAAGUAUGUUACAUGUGUAAAUAAAUUAAUUUAAAAUAUAUUUAAGUUAAUACAAA